UGACCAAGUUUCUGAUGAUGAGUUAUGAAUGACGAUACAAAGUUUAAUGGAUUGCGUCUUGCCUUGCAUUGCAGCCUCCAGGGAGAUGCGUAUGAGAUCGGAUCGGACGACGGGGAGAAAAAGUAGUCACCGGUGUGAGAAAAGAAGCAAGGUCGCACGUGUCAUUGUUCCAUUGCGGUUUCACAGAAUUUCCAUGCUAUCACUGGUCACUCCGAGGUCACCGAUUGGCCUCGCCGCGUUUCGAAACCUCCGCUUUCCUUGCUCCCCAAUUUUCACUCUCCAGUCUCUACAGUCUAGGGUUUCUCUUAAACCCCCCCCUCCCACCCCCGGCUCCGACGCCAUAUCCUUCCUUCAACCUUCCUCGGCUUCGCUCGCCUCGCUGCUACCUUUGGUGCCAACAUUACUCUUCCUAAAGAGGGAGUGCAAGGAAUUGUAGCUUCUUGGAGAUGGGAGCUCUUGCCCCUGUCGCGCCUUGGACUCCUGAAGAUGAUAUUCUGCUCAAGAACGCCAUUGAGGCGGGUGCUUCCUUGGAGUCCCUUGCCAAAGGUGCGGUGCAGUUUUCUCGAAGAUACACAGUAAGAGAAUUGCAAGAACGAUGGCAUUCUUUACUUUAUGAUCCAAUUGUAUCUGAAGAAGCAUCUAUGUCCAUGAUUGACUUUGAGCGUUCUUCUUCCAUUCUUCCAUCAAAGUUCAACAAGUUUGGGAAUCCAAAAGAAACUAAAUGUAUUGGUGGGAAGAGAAAAUAUGGAAGUGUACGCCGUUGCUAUUAUGCUUUGCGUAAAAGGAUUUGCAAUGAACCAUUUAACCCUAUGGACCUGAGUUUUCUUGUUGGACCCAGUGAUAGUAACUAUGUAGUUGAAGAGCCUAUGUCUGGAGAUUGUAUCCCUCCAAUAUCAAGUGAUUUUGGACUUCAGAGGUCAGAGCUGGGGAUCUUGCCCUCUAAUUUUGCCCCAAAUAUGAUGAAUAAUGAUGACACUGAGGGCACUUUUCAUUCCAGAUGUCAACACACUGUUGAAAAGCAUUUUCCUGCGAACCUAGAUAAUGUACACGAGGGAAUUCCUCAUAUUAUGAGGGAGAAUCUGCCUCUCUCUGGGAAUGAAUCUCAGGUUGAAGAAUUGGCUCCAUCAGCUAGCUUUCCAGUCCAUAGUCUCUUUGAAAAUGAUUUGGAGGUGAGACCAUCUACUUUUGGGCAACCAAGCAAGGAUCAGAGAGCAAUGGGCUCUGAACUAGAAGACAAUGAGGUCUUUAAUUCUCCCGUUUCUGAUUCUGGUGCAUCAUUUCACAAUGUCGAGUAUUCGUCUCCUCUUCCUGGUAUGCCAAUAUGGAGAAAUGCCUCAGCACCAGCCUUGCCUAUUGAUGUUGGCUUUUCAGAUAAGGAUUUGCCUACAGGAGACUCUUUUGAACUUCCCGAUGAUGAUGGAAACAACAACAUUCAAAAUGCAAGAAUAGCUGACUAUGAUGCCCGCUCUGACUCGAAGUUGAAGAUUGAAGUGCAGCAUGAUCAUUUGAAAAGUCCAAAUGCCACUGCUGAAGUUUAUCUAGCGGAACUGUCCAACUCUCUUUUGAACUUAACUAAUGAGGAUGAGCUACUUUUCAUGGACGAUGAUGGAAAGGAUGUGAUUGAUAAGUCAUACUAUGAUGGUUUGAGCUCGCUUUUGUUGAAUUCACCAAAUGAAGUCAAUCAUGAUCAAACAGCAGAUGCAGUUAAUACAGAAACAUUGUUACCAACGGAUUCAAUGGUAGAUCCUCCCACUGCAUGUUCUGGAGAGUUAUAUGAAAAAGGAUCUCAUUGUAGUGAUGGACAUUUGGAUUGUAGUUUGGAAGUUCAUCCAUCGCCGUCUGCAUCUUUGAACAGUCAAUGUCUUGGAAAAGGUGAUGAACCUCUUUUCUGCACUUUGAACACAGAAGAUCCAGAAAUUCCAAGCAAUGAUGACGUUUUUCUACCUCCAUUGUCGACAAUCUCUUCAAUGGGAUAUCAUUUUCAAGAUCGCAUCGAUGAUACCUUUUCAUCUAUUAAGGAUUUCUCUUGUAAUGAAAAAUCUGGUGAAAUGACUCAAAACCUUGUGCAAAGGGAGAGGAAAAAUCAUGGGCAACCUCAUGUUUCUUCUCUAUCAAUAGGAUUGCAUGGUUUGCCUGAAAGAGGUGAAAAACAUCUGGUUGGUGGAGCUGCUGUUAAUUUAAAAUUAUGCCAUAGCAACUCUAUACACGUUCCAUCUGCGAAUAAUGCUGGUGGUUCAAGUUAUUCUAGCUCCAUAAAUGCAAAUGGUGAUGCUAUCCUACCUGUCACUCUCAAGGAAGAGAGCCAAGAAAUUUCUCGGGUAAAUCAUCUUGGCCAGAAUUUUUUAAAUACACAUGUAGAGAAGCCAGGCUUUGAUUCUGAGAAUUUUAGAAAAUAUCCACCAAGUACUGCUUCUGGCAUUAAACAGGAACCAGAUAUAUUGACUAUGGUGAAAGAUCAUCGAUUAUCACAGGAAGCAGGUUCCCGAGGUGUUUUUGGUGUAGAACAAGAUGGAAUAUCUUCAACGUCUGAUCAGGAAGAGUUAUCUAUUGAUAGUGAAGAUGAUGUACCUCAUUUUUCAGAUAUCGAGGCAAUGAUACUUGAUAUGGACUUGGAUCCAGAAGAUCAGGAUCUGUAUACAAGUGAAGAAGUCUUAAGGUAUCAACACAUGGACACCAAGAAGAGAAUCGUAAGACUGGAGCAGGGGGCUCAUGCUUGUAUGAAAAGAUCUAUGGCAUCCCAUGGGGCAUUAGCAGUUCUGUAUGGCCGAUAUUCAAAGCACUACAUUAAGAAAUCAGAGGUUCUAUUAGGUAGAGCUACCGAGGAUGUCAUUGUGGACAUUGACUUAGGAAGGGAGGGAAGUGGUAAUAAAAUAUCUCGACGGCAGGCAAUUAUAAAGAUAGAUCAAGAUGGAUUUUUCUCCCUGAAGAAUCUUGGCAAGUGUUCGAUCUCCAUAAAUAACAAGGAAGUGGCCCCUGGGCACUGCUUGAGACUUAAUUCGGGUUGCUUGAUUGAGAUAAGGGGAAUGUCAUUUAUAUUUGAGUCGAGCCCAGUUUGUAUGAAGCAAUAUAUGGAUAACAUAGGCAAGACCUCUCACAAACAGGAGUAUCAAUCAUGAUGAUAGAUGACAGCCUAGCUAGCAUGAACAGUUGUACAGUCGGAAGGUGCUCAUUUUUCUGCACGUUCUGGGUCUUUUAGCUUUCUUCUCAAUGAGGUUUCAUUGGAUUGCUAAAGAUGGAAAAUAAUAGCAACGCAUUUGUGGAGAUUAUUUCGAGCAGUUAGCAUUAGCAAGGAGCUGUCCAGCCAAAUUGCGAAGAUAUAGGUAAAUUUAUACUCUUCUCUACCCCACCCGGCCACGAUACCUGACUCAGACCUGAAUUCUGGUUCUUCCUUUAGCUCAUCCAAGUGGGUUUCGGCAGUCCCACAGGUUUCACCAUGAUGUUCCCCACCGUUGCACUUUGGGGCCCCACCAACGAAAGUUGCUAUCUUUAUGGAUAUAGCUUCAGGUCAAAUUGAAGGUAAUGGUCCCUGAAAUCGAAUCUGGGUACUCUUUCUGCCCACCCUGCAAUCCAGCUUGGCCAAUUCCAUACCUGUCUAGAAGGCGUAGCAACUUGGCUCGAGUCAAAGUGGAUUGUAGCUUCAAAGGAGGUUCCUUCUGCUUCGCUAUCAUAACUCUGACAUUAUUUAACAAGCUCGUGUGUGGAACUUACAAGAAACUGAUCUUAUCCUUUGCUGAUUAAGUUGUGAAAUAGUUUCGAAAUUCAGCAAAUGCAUCUAAUGUAUAAUCUACGAUGUGUAAUAUAUUGCGAAUAUCUUGUAAUAAAGGCCUCACCUUCUCUAA